UCCCAAAACUGUCAAAUUCAACUGUCGUCUAUUUGUAUAGCAGCAACAACUUAAAAGUCGCAAAACGAAACACAAACAAUCAAGUCGCGCUUUACAACAUAUUCUCUCUGUCAAGAAUUCAAAUUUAUGUUAGGUUCAUGCGAAAUUGAAUUUUAAAGAAUUUUUUAACAUAGAAAAAUAAAAAAAUCAUGUUCGGAUCACCUUUAAAUUCUCAAAGUGCGUUUGGCGCAACGCCACAAGUACAAACCAAUCCAAUGAAAGACAUCGAAGUAUCUUCACCACCCGAAGACACAGUAUCAGCAAUGGAGUUUAGUCCGAUUACGCUUCAACAAAAUUUCUUGCUUGCCGGCAGUUGGGAUUCAAGCGUUCGAUUGUGGGAAGUUGAAUCAACUGGAAAAACAGUACCAAAACAAAUGCAAACCAUGGGAUCGGCAAUUUUAGAUGUGUGCUGGACAGAUGAUGGCACAAAAGCGUUUAUUGCAUCGUGCGAUAAGCAAGUAAAAUGUUGGGAUUUGGCUUCGAAUCAAAUGAUGCAGGUGGCACAACAUGAUGCACCCGUACAAACUUGUCAUUGGGUUAAGGGAACAAAUUACACAUGCUUGAUGACUGGUUCUUGGGAUAAAACACUCAAAUUUUGGGACACCAGAUCCCCAUCACCGAUGAUGGCCAUUAAUUUGCCAGAACGUUGUUACUGUGCUGAUGUUGACUAUCCCAUGGCCAUUGUGGGUACAGCCGGCCGACGACUGAUUGUGUACUCACUAGAAAAUAAACCGACUGAAUUCAAGCAAACUGACAGUCCAUUGAAGUUCCAACAUCGUGCCGUUUCAAUUUUCCGUGAUAAAAAGAAAACACCGACCGGUUAUGCAUUGGGCAGUAUUGAAGGUCGUGUUGCCAUUCAAUAUGUGAAUCCGGUGAAUCCAAAAGACAAUUUCACAUUCAAAUGUCAUCGUGUCACUGCAAACAAUAAUGUUCAAGACAUUUAUGCUGUGAAUGAUAUCAAAUUCCACCCGGUUCAUGGAACAUUGGUAACGGUCGGAAGCGAUGGUACAUUCAGUUUCUGGGACAAAGACGCCCGCACAAAACUCAAGUCAUCGGAAUCGAUGGGCGAAGCGAUUACUAAAUGCUGUUUCAAUGCUCGUGGUGAAAUCUUUGCAUACGCUGUCGGAUAUGAUUGGAGUAAAGGGCAUGAGUUUUAUAAUCCUAGCAAAAAAACUUAUAUUUUCCUUCGGCCAUGUUUCGACGAAUUGAAACCAAGACAAUAGGACUUUCGGCGACCUAUUUCAUACUCUAAUUAUUUGAAUGUCAUUACAUCCAAUUUCCUUUACAUGUAUUUGUUGUGAAUUAAGAUCACAAUAGAAAAAAAAAUUGAGCGAUACCAAGAAAAUGUGUGAAAAAGUAACAAAAAAAAUAUCCAUUUAAAUUUAAUACCAAAAC